UCUUCUCUUUAUUUUCUCCCCCCUCUCCCCAGGUAUGGCUUCGUUGAGUUCGAUGACCUGCGAGAUGCAGAUGAUGCUGUUUAUGAGCUAAAUGGUAAAGAUCUUUGUGGGGAAAGAGUGAUCGUGGAGCAUGCCAGAGGCCCACGUCGUGACAGCAGUUAUGGUUCUGGACGCAGUGGAUAUGGUUAUAGAAGAAGCGGAAGAGAUAAGUACGGUCCUCCAACCCGUACAGAAUACAGAUUGAUUGUGGAAAAUUUGUCAAGCCGCUGCAGUUGGCAAGAUCUUAAGGAUUAUAUGCGUCAGGCAGGGGAAGUGACAUAUGCAGAUGCACACAAAGGAAGGAAAAAUGAAGGUGUGAUUGAGUUCAAAUCCUAUUCUGACAUGAAAAGAGCCCUUGAAAAGCUGGACGGGACAGAAGUAAAUGGCAGAAAGAUUAGAUUAGUGGAAGACAGACCUGGAUCAAGACGGCGCCGCUCUUACUCCAGAAGCCGAAGCCAUUCAAGGUCUCGCUCUCGAAGCAGGCAUUCUCAUAAGAGCCGGAGCCGCAGUGCCAGCAGCAGUCGCUCCAAGAGUAGAUCAAGAUCCAGGUCUGUGUCCCGUUCCAGAAGCAAGAGCCGUAGUCGAAGCAAGAGCCGUAGCAGAGGCCAAAAAGAGAAAAGCAGGACUCCAAGUAAAGAGGAUAAAAGUAGGAGCCGCAGCAGGAGUGCAGAGAAAUCGCGGAACAAAAGUAAAGAUAAAUCUGAGGGUACUCUCCAUAACAGUGAUGAGAAAGAAAAGAGCAGGAGCCGCAGCAAGGAAAAGAGCAGGAGCAGGAGUGGAAGCAAGGACAGGGGAGAGACAAGGGAGAGUUUGAGGAGUAGAAGCAAAGAUAGGGAAAAGAGCAUUAGCAAAGCUAGAAGUAGGAGCAAGAGCAGGAAUGAGAGCAGGAGCAGGAGCCACAGUAAGGAGAAAAGGAAAAAUAGGAAGAGAAGCAGGGAUGACAGCAGAAGUAGAAGCAGGAGCUGCAGCAAGAGUGAGAAAAGCAAGAGGCGCAGCAAGCGAGAUAGCAAACCAAGCAGCAAGAAAAGGAAGGACAGCCGUGAGCAGUCCCGAUCAGUCUCCAGAGAAAAGGAACAUCUAAAAUCAGAGUCUGACAAAAAGGAGACAAAAGGUGAGGGUGAGGAUGCAGCUGCCCACGUGGUGUCUCGCUCUAGGUCUAGGUCUAUUUCCAAGUCAAAACCAAAUGUCAAAUCAGAUUCCCGUUCCAGGUCAAAAUCUGUUUCAAAACCGAGGUCCCGGUCCAAGUCUAGGUCUAGGUCUGCCUCUAGGUCACACUCCCGAUCGCGGUCAAGGUCUCGCUCCAGAUCCUAACCUUGCUGCAACCAUACUUGGAACAGUCAGAGAAGUCUUUUGUACGUGUUUGGUAGUUGUAGCACAAGUGAUUGAAGUAGAAAACAUGUCAAUGCUGUAUAUUUUUAACUGCCCUGAUGGUGUGUCUAUCAUUGUUAGUGGCAGUACUCACUCCCUGUAAUGCUCUCUGGUGCAAGGCUGUUCAGCUCUUUUACUCUUCUAUAGAAAGGUUCUCUUAGAAUACAGUUCUUCCUAGAUCACUGAAAUGGCCCUGUUUUCCAGGAAGAGCUUUGCAGAGAGUGAGUACUGCACCGUAGUGGGUUUAUGAGAUUGCAGUGAUGACUGAUAGGUAGGUAUGAUGGCUUCAACAAUCUUUGCCCUUGAAUUGAUGCCCUUUGCUGUAUGCCAUUUAGUGGAAGUGCUAAGUCUUAAGUUUCAUACUACUUCUGUUUCAUAUUUUUGGACUUACAGAGUUGUGAAUAGCACAGUCAAAAGGGGAUAAAAAGGUACUUGCAGUAAUCUGUGGGAAAAUAGAGUUCCAUAUUCUGGUAUUGUGACAAUAUCCUUGUUUUAUAUUAAUUUUUUAUUUAUUUUUCCCCGUCUUGCAAAGUACAGUGAUCCCUGUUUCCAUGAGAUUUGAAUAAAGACUAUUUUUGCUUGAUGACA